ACAACUCUAUUUUGAAAGUUAACGCCCACCAGCCCAAACCUAUUUUUUCGGGAGUAUUGCCGUACAUAAAAAUGGUGGUCGCUGAAGGAAAUGGCUCACAACAAUCUGGUAAACCUGAUAAAGAAGAAAGUUUUACCACUACAAAUAAACAAGAUAAUGGUUCAGAAACAAAAAAUAAAAAAAAAACCGAAGAAAAUGAUAAUGAAAAGGUUGAAGUAGACGAGUUCGGUCGCAUGCUAAGACGUGAUAGUAGACAACGUGAAGAUGAUCAUGAUCAUAGCGAUUACAGUGACUAUGAUCGUUAUAAAUCUGAAUCACGGCGAUAUAGUAGUAGUAGCAGACGUUCCUCGCGGAAACGUUCAUCUGAUGACUAUUAUGAUUCCCGCUCAAGUCAUUAUCAUCCAAGAAAUGACCACGGUCGCCAACUUCAUUAUGAUCGAUAUGUUCCGAGGAGAUCUAGUUACAACAGAUACUCAGAUAGUGACCGAGAGGAUCAUUAUCGUUAUGAUGAUGGUAAUAGGUAUAGAGAUCGGAAACGGUCUAGGACUUGGUCGCGUCGUUCUUCAGAUAGUGAGGAGGAGUAUGAGCGAAAGCGAAGUAACAGCAGAAGACGUCGUCGGUCGUUGGAUAGAAACAAUGAAACAGAAGGAAGGAGAUGGUCAAAUAAUAAUUAUGAAGAUCAAUAUAAAGUAGCAAGUAAAUAUAUUGACACCGAGUUUUACACCAAAAAAAUAUACGUCGGCGAACUUAAGGAUGUUACUGAACGUGCAUUACAUAUGGCUUUUGAACGAUUCGGUGAUAUAGAAAAUAUUAAUAUGGUUUCUGAAAAGGGUAUCGCUUUCAUUGAUUUUGAUACCGAAGAAAACGCGACUGAAGCUCGUCGUAAGAUGGACGGAACAUUGUUAGGUUCAGGCUAUAUACAAGUAAAUCGUGCCAAAAGACCAGAAAGAAAUAUAAACGGGUUCGGAAAUGUUCCUUGGAGUGAUGCAGAUGGUGCAACUGCUAAGCAGAAUGACAUUAAACAAAUUGCAUACGGAAUUCAAUAUUCAUUUCAAACAGCUCCAUAUAUGAAUGGUUCAUCUCAAUAUGCCACAACAAUUAACAGUACAGUUCCAGUUCCACCUUCGCAAUCACCGUUAGAUCCAAGAGCACAAGGACAUAAACCAUAAAUUAAUUAAUUGCUUAAGCGAAAUUACCCUAUUGUCCUUACUUUAGCACCAUAAGUAUUGAAUGACAUUUUAUUUAGUCUUUCAAUCAUUUGUUAAUCUUUUUAAUAGUUUUUUUAUUUCUUUAGAGGUAAGUAAAAUUUUCAUAUUCUCACCUGAAUUAUAAUUUGGGAAAAAUGGAGAAACAAAAUUUUUUUUAAAAAAAUAUAUUAAAUAAUAUUUAAUAAAAAUCAAAUGAAAUAUUAAAAUUAC